AUUUACAGAGCUUACAUCAGUUAACCGUCAAAGCGGCCCAUUUACUAGUAUUACUGUUUCAAUUCGCAGAACCCUGCCUUAACCCAAAGGCAGUUUUGAUUCAGUGAAGUGGACAUCUCUGGUUUUUCUAAGCCUUCGAUUUUCUUCUACAUAUCUAUGUUAGUCGGUCGGCUGGCGUGCCGGAGUUCUCUUCGUGGCAGUCGUUUGUCUUAGCCCUAGCCGGGCAGUUUGAGCUGAUAUCUAGAGGAACAUUGGGAGAAAACUUUAUCAUGUACGUUGUCUCCUUCAUGCCUUUUGCCUCGAGUGGAAGCCAUUUGGGAUGUUCUUGUGCUGAGUCCAUCCACUUCUGCCAUCUAGUUUGAGGGGUCAGCCUUCGUUUUUCAGUUAUUGGAACUAGAGUAAUAGUAAAAAUGUCAAGUCUCGUCUCGCCAUGAUUAAACAGAGACCUACUUCUUAUUACUUCUACUUCAGAACCAGAAAGAGAGCGAUGGUAACAUGUACUGUCCCUCUAGAAACACCACCAACUCCCAAUAGUCCAAACGAUCAUAAUUCUCUCCGCCUCUCCUUAGCCGAUGACCUCCUUCGUCGUGGCCGCGUAUCCUUGGCCCAGCAAGUCAUUCAGAGAAUUAUUGCUCAUUCUCCCACCGUCCCUGAUGCUAUCUCCGCUGUUGAUUUCGCUGCUGGUCGUGGGAUGGAGCUUGGUGUUGGUAUUUAUGGUGUUUUCAUUAGGAGAUUGAUAGAAUUGGGUCAGUCCAAGCUGGCUUACGCAGUCUACUGUGAUAAUGUAAUUGCUAAAGGUAUUGACCCGGACUCUAGUAUUAUUAACUCCAUGGUUAUUUGCUUGGUUAAGUUGGGGAAAUUAGAGGAUGCAAGUAUACUUUUUGAUAAGCUUAUUGGUAGUGGCUUUGUGCCUUGUCACGCUGCUUGUAUGGCUGUUAUUAGAGAGUUUUGUGUGCAAGAGAUGCUUUUGGAUGCGUUUGAUUGUUUGGUUAGCAUAAGCAAGGCUAAGAUACAAUUGGGCAUGCGGUAUUAUAACUUUUUGAUUGAUGGACUGAGUUAUAAAGGGCAUGUACGUGAAGCAAUGAAAGUCUUGGAUAUAAUGCAUGAAAGAACUGGAUUGUUGCCAACUCUUCAUAAUUAUAAGUCGCUAUUCUAUGGGCUUUGUAAGAAAGGUUGGGUUGUGGAGGCAGAGUCGAUUGGUGGAGAGAUGGAAGAACGUGGUUUCUUUUUGGAUAAGAUAAUGUAUACUUCCCUUAUGAAUGCGUAUCUCAAGGAUAAGAAGAUAAAAAUGGCAGUGAUGGUUUUUCUGAGGAUGCUAAAGAUGGGUUGUGAACCGGAUACUUUUACUUAUACUGCUUUGAUUCAGGGGAUUGUCAAGAUGGGUUAUUUUAAUAAAGGGUGGAUUUUGUACAGUCAAAUGAAUGAAUCCAGGAUGCUACCUGAUGCAGUCACUUACCAUAUUCUGAUUAGUAAUUAUUGCAAGGAAGGGAAAAUCAUUUGUGCUACAACACUUCUGAAUAACAUGGCUUGCUGCAAUUUGAUUCCCAGUGUGCACAGUUAUACAGCUUUAAUGUCUGCACUAUACAAGGAUAAUAGGUUAACUGAAGUUGAUGAAUUGUACAAAAGUAUGCUGAACCAUGGGGUCAUUCCGGACCAUGUGUUAUUUCUUAUUCUCAUGAAGAAUAGCAAGAGAGGGAAUGAGCUUCAACUUUCUCUGUUGAUGUUGCAGGAUAUUCUGAAGCAUGGGUGUGGAUUGAAUCCCACUUUGCUCUCAGGUUCUACUAAUAUAGAUCCUAUGAUAAAUUUGGAGCAAGAAAUUGAAUUCCUUCUUGAGAAAAUUAUAGGAAGCAACUUGAAUCUAGCUAAUGUGGCAUUUGGUAUCUAUAUUACUGCCUUGUGUGAGAGAGGAAACCUAGAUGCUGCUUUGUCGUGCUUAAGGAAAAUGAUAGAUGUUGGGUGCAGUCCUUUGCCUUUUACUUUCAACUCCUUGGUCAAAUGCAUUUGCCAGGAUGGGUGUCUGGAGUCUUUUGAACCUCUGGUUGAUAUUAUGCAAGAAUGGAGCAUAGUCCCUGACUUGGCAACUUAUUUGAUAAUGAUAAAUGAAUAUUGUAAAAAUAAGGAUCUGACAUCAGCAUUCCAUGUUUUGGAUCAAAUGGAGGAGAGGGGACUGAAACCUAGUGUUUCUAUUUAUAACUCCAUUCUAAGUUGUCUAAGCAGGAAAAAGAGAAUGUCUGAAGCAGAAACUUUGUUUCAGAGGAUGCUUGAGGCUGGUGUGGAUCUUGAUGCAACUGUCUACAUGACAAUGAUCAAUGGCUACUUCAAGAAUGGACAAGCUUUGGAAGCCCACCAAUUGUUUGAAAAAAUGAUAAAACAUGACAUUCAACCAUGUUCAUACACUUACACUGUACUGAUAAGUGGUUUGGUGAAGAGUAACAUGGCAGGUAAGGGUUGCAAGUAUCUUGACAGGAUGUUGGGAGAUGGUUUUGUGCCAAAUGUUGUCUUGCACACAUCUCUUAUCUAUCACUUCUUGAGGAAGGGAGAGUUUGACUUUGCCUUUCGGCUUGUUGAUUUGAUGGACAGAAGCCAGAUUGAACCUGAUGUUGUCUUUUACAUUGCCUUGGUUAGUGGUGUUUCCAGAUAUAUUGAUGGUGUCAAGAAAAGGUGCAAGAUAAACCGAAAAUCUGACAGGGAGAGAGAAAUGCUGCUCCAUUUGCUAUUUCAAAGAAAAUUCUUGCCUAGGGAAACCAUUUUACGAUUUUCUUUUGAUUCUUCUGAACAUAUAAAAUGCUUUGUCUUGAAGCUCAUGCAUAGAAUCAAAGAGACCAAGUUUAUGCCCAAUUUAUCCCUCUAUAAUAGUAUAAUUUCUGGAUUGUGUUGGGCAAAUAGGAUUGAGGACGCAUACAAUCAGUUUGAAUUAAUGCAGAAAGAGGGUAUAUGCCCAAAUGAAGUGACUUUUACUAUUCUUAUUGAGGCACACAGUAGAGCUGGUCAAAUUAAUCAAGCCAUAGAGUUGUUUAAUUUGAUGAAUGCAGAUGGUUAUAAACUUGAUAAAGUUGCAUACAACACUUUAUUGAGAGGCCUUUGCAAGGCUGGUAAAGAGUUACAUGCUUUGUCUCUCGUCUUUGCUAUGCGAAAGAGGGGGUUCUUCCCAAACAAGGCCUCUUAUGAAACUUUACUCCGUUGUUUUUGUGCUUGUUACUUGAGCAUUCCUGCCUUCAACAUAGUUGAAGAAAUGUUUGCUCAUAAUUAUGUACCUCGUCGAUAUAGUGCUAACUGGUUGCUUUGCAUCCUUUGCAAAGAAAAGAAGCUGAAUGAAGCCCAUAAAUUGUUGGAUAUGAUGCAUAAGAGAGGUAAUUUUCCUGAUGCAUUGACAUGGAGGAUCUUGGUUCAAGCAUCUUAUCUUGAUAAUGCCCCAGAAAUGGCACCAAAAUUUCUUUAGCUCAAAGACUCCAAGUUUGAAUGAGACAAUUAAGGAUCCUUGCAUUCUCAGAGCUAUCCCCCUUGCUUAGCUGAUUUUAUUGCUUAUACUUCCAUACAUAUAUCUGUGACAGAGUGGCCAGUCAUAUGCUAUUUUCAAGAUGCUUUCGGCUUUCUGGAAGAUGCAGACAUGCAAAAAGUAAGCGAACCUUUUCUUUUGCCAAAAUAAAUUUCAUUGCUUGUCCUAAUUAUCUGAGCUCUAUGUUCCCAGCAUUCAGAUUGAAAAGUUAUUCAGCUGAAGAGAUUGUUUGAUUUUGUAUGUCAUGAAGAGAAGUGAUUUGCACACAAAGAGAACUGGGCAUACAGAGUUUGUAGAUAAGACUUCUGAGGCAGCAAAAGCAAUCACUCUGGAGGUUCCAAAGCCACCAAUGGAUGUAGAGGAGCCUGCUGAUGUGAGCACCACUAACCAGCCUGAAGGCACCAUUUUUAAUGUCAUGCAAAAGCAAUUGAAAUGGUUGCUCCAGAGGUUGACCAAAAGCUCCUCGAGGAACUGGAAGGAAUGGGUUUCCCCAAGGCACGGGCAACUUGGGCACUUCGUUAUUCUGGCGAGUGGUGUUAAAGCUGCAGUAAAUUGGAUAGUUGAGCUGAGAAUGACCCAGACAUAGACGAAAUGCCUUUGAUAUGAUUAACACCAUAGUUGAGGCUCCUAAACCUGCUGUUACGCCAGAAUGAGUAAAGUAUCACAAGGAAAACUUUGCUGAGAAAAGACCUGUUUAGAGUGAGAGGAGGGCUAUUGGAAAGUGCUCUCUGACUCCAGAAGAGGAGUUAAACCAGGUUCAACAAUUUCCCCGUAUGUGUCUAGCAGCUGGUGACUGAUUUUCAUUUGGAGGCAUUUACUAGCAGGGUAUUUCACUUCUAGUCUCAAGCUACUCCUGAAUUAUCCCUCUACAAACAUCAGCCAUUUGCUUUAUGUUGCAAACAAGUUGCAUGCUCAACCAUUAGUCUAAUUAAUUUUUAUUACAAGUUUUUGUUUUCAUCUCUAUCUUGUUUUUGUGUUGGAAAAAUGUGGCGUUUGUAAAUUACUAGAUGUAAAUGUUGGUUGAAAGUAACGGCUAGCAUGCUGGGAGAAUCUCCUACCUCAUUUUUCCUUGAAUGCUCCUGUAAAUUCCGAGAUGCAAGAAUGAGAAGACUUGUUGCUUUAAAAAUGAAAAAAAAAAAAAGGAAACGUGGUUCUCAAGAA